AUGACUCUGCAAAUGGUUUCACCCAGCGCCAAUGGGGCACUGAUACAUCCCGGGUUCUCCCUGAUGAAUUUCAAUGGCGAAGUGUUUCUUUUUGGCCAGAAAGGAUGGCCAAAAAGAUCCUGCUCCUCUGGAGUCUUCCUCCUCCGCUUGAAAGAACAAGACCUGAAACUCAAAGCAGUUUCAUUUUCCAGUGACUCUUGUUACCUGCCACCGCUACGUUGUCCUGCAAUUACUCAUUACUCAGAUCCCUCGGAAUCCAAAAGCCCUCUUUACCUCAUUCAUGGCGGCAGAAUGCCAAACAAUGAGUUGUCUGAUCUACUGUACCUCAUGAUGGUUAGUAAUACCGGUAGUAAGAAGACAUCACUCUGUUGCAUUGAAAAAGAUCUCAAAGGAAAUGUCCCCCAAGGAAGAUAUGGUCACACCAUUAAUGUGGUUCAGAGCAGAGGACGAACCAUGUGUAUCUUGGUCGGAGGUAGAUAUUACCGGCCACCUGGACAAAGAACCACAGAAAACUGGAACAGCGUAUUGGAUUGUACGCCACAUGUAUACAUAAUAGACUUGAGCACCAGCCACUGCACAGCCCAUGUGCUUCCAGAGAUCAAUGAUGGAUUUUCAUUCCACGCGUCAGUAGCAAAAAAUGAAACCAUCUACGUAUUUGGGGGUCAUUCCAUGGGAUCCAAUCACCGUCCUCCACGAUUGCUUAGCCUACAGGUUGAUCUGUUAGGCCCACAUCCGAGUAUAACCUGCACAGUACUCAAUAAUGGCAUCUCAGUAUCAAGUGCAAUAGUGACCCAGGCUGGCAGCAAUGAGUUUAUAAUUGUCGGUGGCUAUGAAUCAGAGACUCAGAAGCGAAUGGCUUGCAACACCAUCCUACUUGAAAAUGAUAACAUUCAGAUCCUGGACAAGGAACCCCCGGCAUGGACCAGUGACCUCAGAGCCAGCAAGAGCUGGUUUGGAAGUGACAUGGGAAACCGAGCGGUAUUAAUGGGCAUUCCUGGGGAAAACAAGCCAGAUACGGCUGAAGCAAAUUACUUCUACAUUGCAACUUUCGGACAGCCAGAGGGGAGAAGCCGCAUUCUUGUCAGCCAGGAAUCCUUUACUGAUCCAGAGGAAUCUAGCGCAUUCGAAGAUUCAGAAGAAUUUCGCUUUGUCGUUGAAACCCAUGAUUAUAGCGACGACGAAAUAUACUUAGAUAAUGGUGAUGAGGAAGGUUACUGGAUUAAGUGCAUUGUCACCUGUAGUGUAAACGUCAACACUUGGGUUCCUUACUACUCCACUGAACUCAAUAAACCGGCUAUGAUCUUCUGCUCCAGUGGAGGAGGUGGUGGGCACUGGGUACAUGCCCAGUGUAUGGGUCUCUCGGAGUCAGAGCUGAUACACCUUUCUCAGGAGAAGACCAAGUACUUUUGCAAUGUUCAUUGUAUUGAGAAAAGAGUUGAAACCCUGCAGAAGAAGAUAAAAAUAAUGAAACGGACGCCAAUGAAAUCCCCGCGUAAAAAGUCGCCAUCCAGUCUGAAGAAGACACCGAUGAAGAAGAGCUUUGUGAAGAGGCUGUUUGAAUGA